AUGGCUUCCAAAUACACUGUCAGAAAGAUCGGAGCUCCAAACACUUUGGAGCACCGUAUCUAUAUCGAAAAGGAUGGAGUCCCAGUUUCUCCAUUCCACGAUAUCCCCCUUUAUGCCAAUGAGCAACAAACCAUCUUGAACAUGGUUGUUGAGAUCCCAAGAUGGACAAACGGCAAGAUGGAGAUCAGCAAAGAAGAGAUGCUUAACCCAAUCGAAUAUGUCAAGAAGGGCAAGCUUCGUUUCGUCCGCAACUGCUUCCCACACAAGGGUUAUCUCUGGAACUACGGUGCCUUCCCUCAAACUUGGGAGGACCCCAACGUUGUCCACCCAGAAACCAAGGCCAAGGGUGACAACGAUCCAUUGGACGUUUGCGAGAUCGGUGAAUUGGUCGGAUACCCUGGUCAAGUUAAGCAAGUCAAGGUUCUCGGUGUUAUGGCCUUGCUCGAUGAGGAGGAGACCGACUGGAAGGUCAUUGUCAUCGAUGUCAACGACCCAUUGGCUCCUAAGCUCAAUGAUGUUGAGGAUGUUGAGAGACACCUUCCAGGUCUCUUGAGGGCUACAAAUGAAUGGUUCAGAAUCUACAAAAUCCCAGAUGGAAAGCCAGAGAACCAAUUCGCUUUCACUGGAGAGUGCAAGAACAAGAAGUACGCCACCGAUAUCGUCCGUGAGUGUGCUGAGGCUUGGGAGAAGCUCAUCACUGGCAAGACCACCCCAGGUGAUGUUUCAACCACCAACGUCACUGUCAAGCACUCAACCAGCCGUGUUGAAGCCAACCAACUUCCUCCUAUCCCAUCCAACGAGAACCUUGCCCCAGCUCCUAUCGACCCAAGCAUUGACAAGUGGUUCUUCAUCUCUGGUGCUGCCGCUUAA